UAACAUAAAAUCUAUCAGUCAUCUGAUUUCUGAAUUUCUCCCUACUUUUAUUUAUUUUGAUAACAAAUCGAUACAGCAUUUGUAAUUCCCGAGCUUAUUUUGUAAGAACAAUGAAGUUAGAUUCAAACAACAAGUUGGUUAACGGUGACAGUGGCUCCGAGACACCAGAGGAAGUGGUGGAUCCGCGGCAAAAUGCCGAGGAUCUCAUCGACGAGAUUCUGGCCGAGUUCACGGAGUCUCGGUCGCUGGACGCCGCCGCGCGCAACGGGAACGGCAUCCCUACCAGUAUAUUCAACAUGAUCCAGCCGCCGCCGACGCGGACGCCCGCCAACUCCGUCUCCGAGCCCACCUCCAUCGACGACAUCGACCCUCAGUCCGACCUCGGCACCUCCAUACGAAACAAGUGCCAGGAGCUGGAGGAGAUCCUGCAGAGCUUGAAGUCGCGGCUCAACCACGUAGUUCUGGAUGAGAACAUUGUUCUGAGCCCUGAGGCGGACUCCUUGGAGGCGCAGCUCGAGCACGACCUCCACACUGACUGCCAGGAGGACCUCUCUCUGCAAGAGUUCCUCGAGUUGCUACACUCACAGAAAGUCAACUCGGGCGGGGCUUAGUUAAGGCCUAUACAACAUACUUUGUAAAAUUUAUUUAUAAAACUGUCAAGAAUUUACUGUGUGAAAAUUGAGAUUGAGAAAAUAAAUACUUAUAUCAUGUUCAUUCCCUCGCAAAA